CUGGGCUGCGGCGGCGGCUGUCCAUAGCCGGAGGCCGCGGCGUGCGCUGCGGUAGGAGCGGCCGCGGGUGCCAGCGGGGGGACGCGGCCCGACGCUACAGGUGUGCCAAAAUGUCAGAAAGAUCAGAUAUUCUUCACUUCAAGUUUGACAAUUAUGGGGAUUCGAUGUUACAGAAAAUGAACAAACUGAGGGAAGAAAACAAAUUCUGUGAUGUUGUGGUCCAUAUAGAUGACGUUGAAGUUCACGGGCAUAAAAUUGUAUUUGCUGCUGGCUCUCCCUUUUUAAGAGAUCAGUUCUUACUAAAUGACUCCAGAGAUGUAAAAAUCUCUAUACUACAGAGUUCGGAAGUGGGGAGGCAGCUGCUUCUAUCCUGUUACAGUGGCAUUCUGGAGUUUCCUGAAAUGGAACUGGUAAACUACUUGACUGCUGCAAGCUUUCUGCAGAUGAGCCACAUUGUUGAACGAUGUACACAGGCCCUCUGGAAGUUUAUAAAACCGAAGCAGCCGUUGGAGAGCAAGGAGUGUGAACAGCAAAGUGACUCCUCUGAGCUGAAGGAACAUCAAGGAGACGACGACUCUCUGCAGCAAGAUUCACCUUGUAUUCAACCUUCAGAAGACAGUAUGGACAUGGAGGAUAGUGAUAUUCAGAUCAUCAAAGUGGAGUCCAUUGGGGAGGUAACAGAAGUUAGGAAUAAGAAGGAUCAGAACCAGUUUAUUUCUUCUGAACAAACUGCACUGCAUUCCUCAGAGCCUCAACACUUUCUUAUCAACUCCACUGUUGAAAACAGAGCAAGUGAAAUAGAGCAAAACCACCUCCACAACUAUGCCCUUUCAUAUGCUGGCAGUGAUAACAUCAUUCUGGCCUCUAAAGAUAUGUUUGGGCCUAACAACCGAGGUAUAGACAAAGGCCUCCAGUGGCACCAUCAGUGUCCAAAGUGCACAAGAGUAUUUCGGCAUCUGGAGAACUAUGCUAAUCACUUAAAGAUGCAUAAACUAUUUAUGUGUCUCCUCUGUGGCAAGACAUUCACUCAGAAAGGCAAUCUCCACCGGCACAUGAGAGUGCACGCAGGCAUCAAACCGUUCCAAUGUAAGAUCUGUGGGAAAACGUUCUCUCAGAAAUGUUCCUUACAGGACCACCUCAACCUGCACAGUGGGGACAAGCCCCAUAAGUGUAACUACUGUGACAUGGUUUUUGCGCAUAAACCCGUUCUGAGGAAACAUCUCAAACAGCUACACGGUAAAAAUAGCUUUGACAAUGCCAAUGAAAGAAACGUUCAAGACAUAACAGUGGACUUCGAUUCAUUCACAUGUAGCGCUGCUACAGACAGUAAGGUCUGUCAGCAAGCUGAUGCAAGCCAGGUACUGGAUGCAGGGAAGCUGCCUCAGGCUGUGCUCAGUUUAAGAAAUGAUAGUACCUGUGUCAAUUAAGCAAUUAAAAACAGCCCUUUGUAGGGAUCGUGACUGAGAAGAGCAAACAGUUGGUUUGGGCUCUUACCUAAACUAGUGGUAUGCCCUGAAAGGCUACGGAUGGAUGGAUGGAUGGCGGGUUGGAUUGCAAAACCUGGCAGGUCUUCAGCCAUCGUUCUUAGUCUUACUUGAUAUUUUCUGUGAAUAGCAAUCUUCCUUCAGGUUUCUGUCUGUGUCUCUACUGUGGAUUAUGGGGUUAAUUGUUUCAUUUCUCUCUGAUUAGGAGACUCAAGACUAACACCUUUUGAAAGACUGUUGCUGUGGGCUGCAAGUAAACCAUCUGCUGUACAGUUAGAGGCCUCUCUGUGUCUGGGCAGAUGGAGGAAAGAGCAAAGAGGACAAGUCUGUGAGA